AUGAUGCGAUUGUUCGUUCUGACAGCGCUGCUGUCAGUGAUGGCCAGCGAUGCAUCGAUCAUCCGGCGACAGCCUCAGGAGCAAGAAAUCCUCCGGCCUGAACUACGGACAACGCUUGACGAAGCACUCGCUCAGCUGCUAGAGAACAUUCGUGAGCUUCUGCGCACAGGUGACCCGGAACGGGGCAUCCCCGUUAUGGCUCCGCUGCAAACCGACCGGUUGGAUGUCGAUCUCAGCCUGGGUGGAUUGCUAGACUUCACGGCCAUUCUUGGCAAUCUGUACGUGGAUGGGCUCGACCGGUUCCAGGGUACGCUCACGCUGAACGUGAUGCUGAUGGAAUUCCGGUUUGAUUUUCUGUUCCCGGACGUGAUCGCUCACGGACAUUAUGACGCGAACGGGCGUCUGUUUGGGCUGAUUCCGGUGUUUGGGGUUGGCAACUUCCACGUGGCACCUCGCGAUCUUCGCAUUCAAGGAACGGCCCAACUGCGCCAGCUACCGUCCGGUUACCUUCACAUGAAUGAAUUGAACGCCAAUGUACGGCUUGGUUCGCUACAGAAUACAAUCGAUGGUAUGCUGCUGGGAGGUGAGCUUUCGGAUUUGCUCAAUGCUGUAAUUCAGGACAUCGUCCCAUCGGUGCUGAUUAAUUUUGCUCCGGAGGUGACAGAAAUCAUUUCGCGUGUCGGCAUACCGAUUGCCGAUUCCAUUCUGAACACGAUGACGCUGGACGAUUUGUUUGCACUGAUUCCUCUGCAGCAGCAGAAGACUGAAUGA